GCCAGGUGUUUGGGUCCCUGGAGACGCUGCCGGCCCCCAGGGAGGCAGUGGGGCUAAGGACCCUACAGACCCCUCUUCAGCCCCGUGGUGAUGACUUUCCUCUGAGGAAGCCCUGUAGCGUGCCUGGAGGAAGGGGCUCUCCAACCCCAGCCCCACCUAGCCACCAUGAACACUUCAGCCCCACCUGCUGUCAGCCCCAACAUCACCGUCCUGGCACCAGGAAAGGGUCCCUGGCAAGUGGCCUUCAUUGGGAUCACCACGGGCCUCCUGUCGCUAGCCACAGUGACAGGCAACCUGCUGGUACUCAUCUCUUUCAAGGUCAACACGGAGCUCAAGACAGUCAAUAACUACUUCCUGCUGAGCCUGGCCUGUGCUGACCUCAUCAUCGGUACCUUCUCCAUGAACCUCUAUACCACGUACCUGCUCAUGGGCCACUGGGCUCUGGGCACGCUGGCUUGUGACCUCUGGCUGGCCCUGGACUAUGUGGCCAGCAAUGCCUCCGUCAUGAAUCUGCUGCUCAUCAGCUUUGACCGCUACUUCUCCGUGACUCGGCCCCUGAGCUACCGUGCCAAGCGCACACCCCGCCGGGCAGCUCUGAUGAUUGGCCUGGCCUGGCUGGUUUCCUUUGUGCUCUGGGCCCCAGCCAUCCUCUUCUGGCAGUACCUGGUAGGGGAGCGGACAGUGCUAGCUGGGCAGUGCUACAUCCAGUUCCUCUCCCAGCCCAUCAUCACCUUUGGCACAGCCAUGGCUGCCUUCUACCUCCCUGUCACAGUCAUGUGCACGCUCUACUGGCGCAUCUACCGGGAGACAGAGAACAGAGCACGGGAGCUGGCAGCCCUUCAGGGCUCCGAGACGCCAGGCAAAGGGGGUGGCAGCAGCAGCAGCUCAGAGAGGUCUCAGCCAGGGGCUGAGGGCUCACCAGAGACUCCUCCAGGCCACUGCUGUCGCUGCUGCCGGGCCCCCAGGCUGCUGCAGGCCUACAGCUGGAAGGAAGAAGAGGAAGAGGACGAAGGCUCCAUGGAGUCCCUCACAUCCUCAGAGGGAGAGGAGCCUGGCUCCGAAGUGGUGAUCAAGAUGCCAAUGGUGGACCCCGAGGCACAGGCCCCCACCAAGCAGCCCCCACGGAGCUCCCCAAAUACAGUCAAGAGGCCGACUAAGAAAGGGCGUGAUCGAGCUGGCAAGGGCCAGAAGCCCCGUGGAAAGGAGCAGCUGGCCAAGCGGAAGACCUUCUCGCUGGUCAAGGAGAAGAAGGCGGCUCGGACCCUGAGUGCCAUCCUCCUGGCCUUCAUCCUCACCUGGACACCGUACAACAUCAUGGUGCUGGUGUCCACCUUCUGCAAGGACUGUGUUCCCGAGACCCUGUGGGAGCUGGGCUACUGGCUGUGCUACGUCAACAGCACCAUCAACCCCAUGUGCUACGCACUCUGCAACAAAGCCUUCCGGGACACCUUUCGCCUGCUGCUGCUUUGCCGCUGGGACAAGAGACGCUGGCGCAAGAUCCCCAAGCGCCCUGGCUCCGUGCACCGCACUCCCUCCCGCCAAUGCUGAUGGUCCCCUCUCCUGCAUCCCUCCACCCCAGUCCCCGGGAAAGGCCGGUGGGAAGAGGGCAGGGGCUGCAUCCUCAGCCCCAGGGCCCUGCUCAGGCCUCACCUGGCUUCCCAGGACCCUGGGUCACCUUCCUGGGCAGCCCAGAGAGACCCUGCCAACUUUCCAGACUUCGCUAUUCCCAGGCAGGGAGGGAAACCCGGGGAACUGGUUUUUCUGUUCCCUGCUGGGUGGGAAUGCGCUCUUCACCAGGAAGAAGGCCCGGGAGGAGGAUCCGGGCUUUGGACUCCUUGUUUGCCUUUAGGCAGGAAGUCAGGAGCCAGCAGGGCAGGCCAGGAGAAAGAAGGCUUAACAUUAAGUAUUCCUUGGCCCAGUGGCGGCCCGGAUUGCGGUGUGAGAUGGUGCCCCCUGGGGGGCACAGCCAGAAACUGAACUGGCCGCUGGGAGAAAAGCCAGAUGACAGGGAGCUGGGGAAUCCCCUCGCUUCAUAGGCAGAGCCCGCCCACCUGGGCCCUAGGCAUACUCUCCAGGAUUGUCCACAAAUGUCCUCAGAGGGUCCCUAGGUGGGGUCAACUCCAAGGCAAAUGUCCAAGCAUCAGCAAGACAAUGACACUGGAAGGGUCUGGCUUGGCUAGUCACAUAUCAAGUCCCGAGGCAGCAACAGGACCAGGAGCCAGGUGUCCUGACUGUCCUACAAUAUCAUUUUCCUGGGAGUGGGAGUCAAGUGUGCCUGCUAUCCAGCCCCAAAUCCAUACUCCCUGCCCCAGAGAAGCCUCAGUCCCUCCCUCCUGGCUCACAGCCACCACCUGGAUGGAUCUGCUCCAUGCAGAUCUAGCCAGGCCUCCCGCAUGCUGCCUGCCUCCGGCCCUGCCCCACACAGGCCUGGCCCAGCCAGCAGGUUCUCUCCUGUGAGCUCCCCAAUCCAACCCAUGCAUGGCCUCCCAGCCACCCAGAUCUCCAGGCCCAGCCUGGCCCCAAAUGUUCUUUCCUUUCAUCCUCAGCAAGUGCUGAGUCUGUGAAUAAAGCCACAUAACCAGCGGGCA